AUGAAUGACUCAUUGUCGAAGAUUACUUCUAUGAUAGAGUCCGCGAAAGACUUGUCGAUCGAAGCGGCAAUGUCGGCGUCAGCCCGCCUUAUUGAUACGCCAAGUGUCUCUCGGCCUCAGGAAAUCUCUUUGCUACUCAACUCCAGAUCGAACAGAGAUAUUCUGAAUGGUAUGAAAUGUGUCAUCGGGUUAAUUGCUAAAGGUGAAGAUGGAUCACCGUACUUUGCUGACGUGGUGAAAAAUGUCACUAAUGAAAACGCCAAGGUCAAACAGUUGGUGUUUAUUUACUUGACCAAAUAUGCUGACGUUCAAGCAGAUACCGCAUUGCUUUCAAUCAAUUCCAUACAGAAAACUCUCAAUGAUAAGACACCUUCAAAUAGAGCCAACGCGAUCAGAUCAUUGGCUGGAAUCAGAAUUAGUUCAAUCGUGCCAAUACUUGCUUUGAGCUUGAAACGAACUGCGACAGAUCCGUCCGCACAAGUUCGUGCUGCCUGUGCCAUGGCAAUAGGGAAAGUUUAUACAAUAUCUGGCAAAUCAAAAAAACAAAUUCUUGAGCUUUUGGGAAACUUGUUGGCUGACAGUGAUGUUAUUGUAGUAUCAGCUGCAAUCAAAUCAUAUUUCAAAAUACAACCGACAAUACGCAACGAAACGAAUAAGUGGAAAUCCAUUCAUGGAAACUUUAGAAGGAUUUGCUCGUUAUUAUCAAAGUUCGAUGAGUGGGCCCAAAUUUGUGCCAUUGACAUUCUUACAUUGUAUAGUCGAAAAUUUAUCGCAAAGCCAUCGAAGGACCUGGUUGAUCCCGAUUUGACAUUGUUUAUAGAAUCAAUGGAACCUUUGAUGAUGUCGAUGUCGGAUAUGGUUAUUCUCAGUGUCGUUAGAGGGGUCCAUCUCUUGGCACCUACGCAUUUGGCCAACUUAAACAUUGUUCUUACUCGCAUUUCGUCAUCCACAAACAAUUCACAAACUAGGGUGUAUUCUUUGCAAACAAUUGAGUACAUCUGUCAAGAUUCUAGACAUCUUUUUGCAGAUAAGUUCAGACUGUUUUAUAUAUUACCAGAUGAUCUUCCAGAUAUAGCAAUUUUGAAACUCGGCAUAUUAAGUUCCAUCUCAAACGACAGCAAUUUCAAAUAUAUUUUUGAGGAAUUCAAGUUUUAUGCAUUGCACUCAAAGCGCAAAGUGGUGGCAAGGGAAUCUAUAAGAGCCAUGGCAAAGUGUUCGCAAAUAUCUCCAGAGUGGAGUGAAAGGAUUUUGCAAUGGUGUUUAGCUAAUAUCAAAAGCAUGAAAGGGGAAUCUUCGAAUGAAAUUUUGACAAUUGUUCGCUUUAUAAUUCAACAAAAGUGUGAUGCAACUGGCGAGAAAGACAAAGAUGAAAUCAUGAAAAUACUAAGCAAAUUGGCUUACUAUUUGAAUGAUGACGCUCUGGAUUUAGAAGAUGAUGCAAGGGCUUCAAUUAUAUGGACAAUUGGAGAGUACACCGUUCUUGCAGAAAACUCUAUCGGGCCGGAUGUGUUAAGAAUAGCUUUAAAAUCAUUUGCCAGGCAAGCCGCGAGUGUUCGAUACCAAUUAUUAGUAUUGGCAAGCAAAAUUGUUGUCUUUGAGAUGAGUAGAUUGACAAGCGAGCAUGGAGACUCGGGUAAGGGCAAGGAAAUUGCCAAUUUGACAUUGCAAGAGUCAAUCGAAUUCAAAAUGUUCGAAUAUGCUUUGCAUUUAGCCAAAUAUGAUCCAUCUUACGACACAAGAGACCGCACAAGGAUGUUGAGCGUAUUGCUGAACUCCGGCGUAGAUAGGGCACCCUUGGCAUCAUUAAUCUUACAAGUUCCGAAACCUACCCCAUUGGUUAGCAAUCGAACAAUCAGUAGUGAUGAAGAGUUCAAGGCUAUAAGGCUGUAUUUCAAAGUGAUUGAAUGGACAACAGUUCCUUCACAAUUACCUUCAUCCUCGAUUAGAAAGGAGGCCCCAAUACAGUACAAUAAAAUGACUAAUGCCUCAAGUGUUUUUUCCGAGCGCUCAAAGUCACCGAGCCCUGUGAAUCCACUAUCAUUUUCUUCCCAUCAGUUCAAUAAUGGCGGUGUUAGUGUUGGUCGACAAGAGCAAACAGCAAAAGCAUACCAGUUACAAAGUUUGGAUGAAUUUUUUGGAAAUGAUGAUGAAUCGAGUGAAGAGGAAGUGAGUGAGACGGAAUCUGAUGAAGAAGAUGCAAGCGAAGACGAAUACAGUGAAGAAGAAGCAAGUGACGAUGUAGACGAGGAUGAUGAGGAAGAACCUGGAGCCGAUGAUGUGAGCUGGAGAGGAGAUGAAUCAAAUCUGUAUUAA